GGAUCUUGUCCCCUUUUAUUUACUCACGAAAAAAAGGGUGAAUGGAGAGGGGGUGGAGGACAGGGUCCCAGACUCGCCCAACACUUUUCCGGUGGCACGGUAAUAUUCUCUGCUGUCAUCGCCAAUACCUAUUACAUCGGUCCGCACACUACCACUUAUUUACACGUGGGAUCCCUCCCCUCGACCCGACGCCUUCAGACAUCCCCGUCCCUGGUCCCCAGCCUGUCGACUUUUCUCCCCUCUCCUCCUACGCCGUCGUGAUACCGCGAUACCGUGAUAAUAUACCUACCUGCCGUUGUUCCCAGCCGAGACCGAGCCGGUGCUUCUCCUUCUAUACCUACCUGUCGAAUCCACCAUGUCCGGCCUCCCUCCCGUCUACAUCGUCUCCGCUGCCCGAACCCCAGUGGGGUCGUUCUUAGGGACGCUGUCGAGUCUCAGCGCCGUCCAGCUGGGAUCGCACGCCAUAAAAGCUGCUAUUGAGCGGGUUCCUCAGAUCAAGCCAGAAGAUGUAGAAGAAGUCUUCUUCGGCAACGUGCUGUCUGCAAACCUCGGACAAGCGCCGGCUCGGCAAUGUGCCCUCGGCGCCGGCAUACCCGACUCGGUGGUCUGCACGGGCGUUAACAAGGUGUGCGCGUCGGGCCUCAAGGCCAUCAUCCUGGGCGCCCAGACCAUCAUAACCGGCAACGCGUCCAUCGUCGUCGCCGGCGGCACCGAGUCCAUGUCCAACACCCCGCACUACCUCCCGACCCUCCGCAACGGCGCCAAGUUCGGCGACCAGACCCUGAUCGACGGCAUGCUCAAGGACGGCUUGACCGACGCCUACGGCAAGAAGGAGCAUAUGGGCCUCCAGGGCGAGCUGUGCGCCGACGACCACGGCAUCUCGCGCGAGCAGCAGGACGAGUACGCCAUCGAGACCUACACCCGCGCCCAGAAGGCCACCGCCGCCGGCGUCUUCUCGCGCGAGAUCGUGCCCGUCGAGGUCAGCGGCGGUCGCGGCAAGCCCCCGGUCAAGGUCACGACCGACGAGGAGGUCAAAAACCUCAACCCCGAGAAGCUCCGGACGGUGCGCCCCGCUUUCAAGCCGCAGGGCGGCACCGUCACCGCCGCCAACGCCGCCCCGCUCAACGACGGCGCCGCCGCCCUCGUGCUCAUGUCCGAGGCCAAGAUCAAGGAGCUCGGCGUCACGCCGAUCGCCAAGAUCCUCGGCUGGGGCGACGCCGCGCGCGAGCCCGAGCGUUUCACCACCGCGCCCGCCCUCGCCAUCCCCAAGGCCAUCAAGCACGCCGGCCUGACGAGCGACAGCGUCGACUUCUACGAGAUCAACGAGGCCUUCUCCGUCGUCGCCCUCGCCAACAUCAAGCUCCUCGGCCUCGACCCCGCCAAGGUCAACAUCUUCGGCGGCUCCGUCGCUAUCGGCCACCCCCUCGGCUGCUCCGGCGCCCGCAUCGUUACCACCCUCACUACCGUCCUGCGCGAGAAGAAGGCCAAGGUCGGCUGCGCCGGCAUCUGCAACGGCGGUGGCGGCGCCAGCGCCAUCGUCAUCGAGAGCUUGCAGUAAGUCGCACAUACACGUCGUCGGUCAGAGGGAGGGAGAUCUCUGGUUAUAUGUACGGCAGCAGAGAGAGAGGGCGGCGGCGGCAUAGAUAUCAUUACCACGCGCGAUAGAAACGGUAGUAACCAGAAGCAACAGCAAUGAUGAUGUGGCCAUGUUGUAACCCGCAACCAAGAGAAAGGGGACGUCGACCGGCGGGAGACGAUCUAUACGCGGCUGACGGGCAGAUGGUGUCGUCUUUAAUAAUAUACAUCUUCGAAUGCUGCCUACCGUCUCAUAGGCAGCCGAUAUCUGAGGUUUACUCCUUCUAGUGUACCCAGCACAUUGGAGCUCACAUGGGAACCGGGAAUGCAUAGCAAUAGUAU